AUGCCUUCCCCUCCACAGGGGAUACCAUCUCGUCUUCCAUUGCCACCAGGAAUUGCAGACAACUACGUUUCCUGCCCCACAAACGGCCUCACCUUUCACAUCCUGGAAGCUGGAUAUACGCCGCAGCACGACAAACCUUUGAUCCUCUUGUGCCAUGGCUAUCCGGAACUGGCAUUUUCCUGGAGAAAGAUCAUGGUCCCCAUAGCCAAGGCUGGCUAUUAUGUGGUUGCUUUUGACCAACGAGGCUAUGGUCGUACAACGGGAUGGGACAAUUCCUCCUUUGUCAACACCAACCUCGCCCAGUUCGCCCUGACCAAUGUGGUACGCGAUGUCGUCACCCUGGUCAACGCUCUAGGCUACGCACAAGUCAAAUGCAUCGUUGGCCAUGACUUUGGUGCAGUAACAGCGAGCAUGAGUGCCUUGAUACGACCAGAUCUAUUCCGGGGCGUUGUUAUGAUGAGCCAUCCCUUCAAGGCCCCUGCAGUCCUUCCUUUCAAUGUCGCCCAUGGGGAAGAUUACCGGAGCCGAGAAAACAUUACAAAUGGUAUAAUAGCACCGUCGACGCCGCAGGCCAUUGGGCGAAUCCUCCUCAAGGGCUGUCCUCUUUUCUGA